GAAUGUUGCAGGUCUUGUCGUUAUUUCUAUCUUAAGAUACAACUAGAAGUGUAAGCCGAGUAGUUGAGCCACUACCAAAGAGUCCAUAGCGUCGAAUCAGCCGCCGCCAAUCAAUUCAUCCAUUUGCACCUCUAGAUACAACUAUAGUAAUAGUGUGUCUUUUACAUUACUCAGAUAAACGGGCAGAUUUGAUUUUCUUAUUUCAGAAUAGAAGAAAAUCAAAAGAUCUGAAACUACUCUCAUUAAGACCUGUCUCUAUGCAAAGUUUCAAACAAAAAUUUGAAAAUCAAUUUUUCUGCUACCACAGCAUUCAUUUAAAAAAAAAGUGUAGAAGUACAGUAUCUCUGUAGCAAUAAACUAAGGAUAUGAAAUCUUUUCAUAAUAUUCAUAGGUCAUUAGAAUCGACAUAAUGCGCAUAGUCUCGACUCAAAAGCAAUUUAUCAGUUGUAGGACUUUUCUCGUUAGUUAUUAGCUUUUCUUUUUCUUUAAGCCCCUUCAUAAAUUUUCAACAGCACAAACUAUUGUUGACAUAAAACCACCAAUCGAAAUGAUUAUUGAAUGUAUGCAUAUUUUUCGGCAAAUUGAUGGCAAAGUGAUUGUUCGAAAGAUAAAUGAUAAUGGUAAGAAACAAGCAAUCUUUUUGAAGAUUAUUCAUUGAAUAGAUAAUCGAUAUAUUGAAAAUUUGUUAGGUCUGUGUUUUAUAGUGAACUCUGGAAUAGUUUUGUUUACUAUUCGAAUUCACCAAAGAAAGUUUUUCAUCACUAUCGUGGACUUUGAUUAAAUUAGGGAUGCAACAGUGAAGACGGUGACCGCAAUUAGAUUCAUUUUGACUUUUUCAAUCGGAGAAGGUUUAUUUAAGGAAAAGAUCUGAAUUUUAUAGAAACAUGACUAAACCAUGAUAAUCAAGCUUAUCUCGAACGAGAAAAUUGAACUCGAAAAUCUACUUUUUCGAUUUCAUAAUUGAGCUCUGUAAAACUUUUGAAAUGUACUUACAAAAGCUUUAUCGUGCUAUUCGAAAAAGUUAUUUACUUUUACAAAAAAAAUCCAUAAUACGAUUUCUUAACAAUAUCUUGUUAAAUUAUCUUAUGAAAGUUUAUUUUUCUCGAGAAUUUAUCAGUAAACUUGAAAUUCUUAAUUUAGAUAAUAAAAAAAAAUCAUUUCAUCAUUACCACAAUCAAAUUCGAAUGAUGUUAUAAAUGAAAAAUUACAACAAUUAGAAAUAUUUCGUCUUGAAAAUGAACGACUUCAUUCUGAAUUAAAUACUUGUAAAACAGAAAUAUGUGUUUUACAUAGUGAAUGUGAUAGUUUAAUAAAUACAAUUGUUAAACUCGAUAUUGAAUUAACUCAAGCUGAAUAUGAACGUCUUGCUCAACAACAAUCAAGGAAAAAAUGA